GAGAGCGAGCAGGGGGAUAAAGGCUGCACUCUCUUUAAAAACAAUAUAAUACGUCGCUGUCACCUACAACGGCAGUGUAGCUGCGAGGAUACGUAGUAACUUUAACACCAGUUAGAAUACUUUAGGUUUGCGCGUAAACGGAGCGCGCGAGCACCUGUCCGUGGAGGUAGUAACAGCACUGUUAUCCCUGCGGCAGCCAAGUUGUAUACGCACACAGAGAGUAACGCAGCUGAGGCUGGGACUACCGCUCAACACACCGAGGAGUCUCCUCGUCUGCGUGGAACAAGCAUGAGCAGGAGUAACUGAGGAGUGGUCAGAGCAGAUCCAAACACCAGGGCUGGAUGAUGCUGCAGACAGAUUAACAUCAGGCGUAGAGCGUCGGGAGUGAUAAAUGUCAACCUGCCCUGAUUCUUGUGUGGGUCACUCUUCUCAACUCAAGAUCUCUCUUUGUGAACCGAACAAACGUGUUGACUCCAGCAGAGCUGCUCCUGUUCUCAGUCUACCCGUGGUCUGACUCCGCUCGCCGACAUCAAAGCUCUCUCCGUGCUUCUCGCGGUCUCUUCCCUCUGCCUCGGUUAGAGUGGGGGAUGUCUGUUUUCUAACACUUCUUGGCCCGCUUAUCUACUCGUAAGAUCCGUACAACGCGCGACCGACACCGGACAUGGAGGACUAUGACGUUCGCUCGGCCGCCAGCAUCCUGGCCUCCGUGAAAGAGCAGGAGGCGCGCUUCGAGCAGCUGACCCGAGCCCUCGAGGAGGAGCGGCGCAACGUCACCGUGCAGCUGGAGCGCGCCAACCUGCCUCCCAGCUCCACCGCCAGCCAACCACUAGCGUGGCAGCAGGUGGUGAUGCAGGAGCAGAGCCCCAGCAACGCCACAUCCCUGGCCAUGAUGCAGGAGCCCCAGGAGGUGGUGGAGGAGACGGUCACCAUAGAGGAAGACCCCGGCACCCCCACCUCCCACGUCUCGGUGGUCACCUCUGAUGACGGCACCACGCGGCGCACAGAAACCAAGGAUGUGUCGGCCAACGUGAAGGUGACUAAGAUGGUGAAGACGGUGACCACGCGGACAGUGCGCCAGGUGCCCCUUGGCCCGGAUGGCUUGCCCUUGCCGGAGGGCUCCUCCCCACUGGGCAGCUACACGGACUCCAUCGACCGGCGCUACAUGAAGAACGGAGGCGACCGCUUCAUCACGCCUCAGGCGACCUCCACCCUGACGCGCUCCUACAACAACUCCUACAACGAUUCAUACUGCGAAACCCCCGAGAGCCAGUACAUUCGCCACUACGGCCUGCACGACGGCUACGCAGACCUGACGGACAACUACGGCAGUCUGUCACGCGGUGUCAACUUUCGCCCACCGCGCUACCCCUACAUGCCCAACAGCUACCGGCCAGAGAACAGCUACACGCUGCCUAUUCGCAAGGAUGACUAUGGCCAUGUGGCCCAACCCCAGGUGCCCAUGGGCAGCAGCACUGUGGACCUGAACCGCUCGCAGCCUGAACGCUUCCAGCCUGAACCGUACGGACUGGAGGAUGAUCGUCGCAGCUUGGGUCCUGAAGAGGAGGAGCCAUAUGAGCUGGAGCCCGACUACUCCACUGCUAAUCGCCGUACCCUGCAGGGGGCCAACCGGGGCCGCACCCACCGGGAGCCUCUCCGUGAUGGGCCCAGAGUCAGGGGGUAUGCCGAUGACCACAUUGAGGCAGAGAUGAUCGAUGAGCGCCAUCCUUACAUCCAUGGCAUUUAUUCAGCGCCGCUGGCCCAGCCCGAGAGGGGUAGCAUGGCCAGCCUGGAUCGGAUGGGUGGCCGGCGCUCACCCUCCAUUGACAGCAUCCGCAAGGACCCGCGCUGGCGUGACCCAGACCUCACCGAGGUCAUCGCCAUGCUGGGCCACCCCAUUGAUCCGGUCAAGUCGAACGCCGCCGCCUACCUGCAGCACCUGUGUUAUGAAAAUGACAAGAUUAAAAAGGAUGUGCGUCAGCUGAAGGGGAUUCCUGUUCUGGUGGGGCUCCUGGACCACCCCAAAUCCGAAGUCCACCGCAAAGCCUGUGGAGCCCUGCGCAACCUCUCCUACGGCAAGGACAACGACAACAAGGUGGCCAUCAAGAACUGCGAUGGCAUCCCCGCGCUCGUCCGCCUGCUGAGGAAGACCAACGACAUGGAGGUCCGAGAGCUCAUCACCGGAACCCUGUGGAAUCUCUCGUCCUAUGAACCUCUGAAGAUGGUGAUCAUCAACCACGGCCUGCAGACCGUGACCAAUGAGGUCAUUAUCCCCCACUCAGGAUGGGAGCACGAACCCAAUGAGGACUCCAAGCCCCGUGACGCAGAGUGGACCACCGUCUUCAAGAACACGUCCGGCUGCCUCAGAAACGUGAGCUCGGACGGAGCAGAGGCCCGGCGCAGACUGAGGGAGUGCGAGGGAUUGGUGGACGCCCUGCUGCACGCUCUCCAGUCAGCUGUGGGGAAGAAGGACAUGGACAAUAAGUCGGUGGAGAACUGUGUUUGCAUCAUGAGGAAUCUGUCGUACCACGUCCACAAAGAGGUGCCCGGAGCGGAAAUGUUCCAGGACCCUUCGGCACCACAGGCCCCGGGCUCAGCAGGGCCACAGAGGAAGAAGAAGGACGACGCCGGCUGCUUCGGAGGGAAGAAGGCCAAAGAGGAAUGGUUUAAUCAAGGCAGAAAAAAUUGUGAGAAUGACAAAAACUACGACACACUGGAUCUGCCCAAGCGCACAGAGCCAUCGAAAGGCUUCGAGCUGCUGUAUCAGCCCGAAGUGGUGAGGCUCUACCUGUCUCUGCUGACCGAGAGCCAGAACUACAACACCUUAGAGGCUGCAGCUGGUGCUCUGCAAAACCUCAGCGCCGGACAGUGGACCGAAGAAGGUAAACGUUGUGAGAAAGAGGUAACGACGUGCCCUCUGUCUGCUUUCCAGUGGUCCAACUACAUCCGAGCCACGGUGCGCAAGGAGAAAGGCCUUCCCAUCCUGGUGGAGCUGCUACGCUCUGACUCUGACAAGGUGGUCCGAGCUGUGGCCAUCGCCCUGCGUAACCUGUCCAUCGACCGCCGCAACAAGGACCUGAUCGGGAGUUAUGCCAUGCGGGACUUGGUGAGCAACCUGCCCAGUGGUCAGCAGCGGCCAGCGAAGAACCUGGAGGAGGACACUGUGGUCGCCAUCCUCAACACCAUCCACGAGAUCGUCACCGACAGCUCUGAAAACGCCCGCUCACUCAUCCAGGCCCAAGCCAUCGAGAAGCUGGUCGCCAUCAACAGGACCAGCCAAUCGGGACGCGAAACAAAGGCGGCGUCUCACGUGCUGCAGUCCGUGUGGGGUUACAAGGAGCUAAGAAACGCUUUGACCAAGGACGGCUGGAACAAGAGCCACUUCCAGCCCACUGUGACUGUCACCCCUAAAUCAACCAAGAAUGGCAAGCCCGGCUAUGAUGACACCACUCUACCCCUGAUGGAAAAGAACCAAGGCACCAGGAAUUGUGGCAGUGGUGAUAUGAUACCUAUGGAUGAGCUGGGUCCAGACGGUUACACCACCAUCGACCAGAGAGACAAGGACUGCAAAUACAAGACCGUCGACGGCUCCGUGGACCUGACUGAACGGGAGCCAUUGAAGAAUGACACAAAUAGGAAACACUAUAUCAGGAGUAACAGGCCUGCGGUCAGUCUGGUGGACGCUUGUGAUGUUAAGCCCCAGCCUGUUGACUCUUGGGUCUAAAUGCAUGCAUGGCUUAAAUUAAGAACAGCGCGACGCCCCAGCUCGACGAGGACCUCUCAUAUCGCCACUGCCAUUUCACACGGAGCUUACCUUUGAAGUUGGACUUUGUACAGAAAAGAGGAUUUAAAAAUAAAUAAAUAAAAAAAAAAAAAUAAAUAAUGAUCACAACAGCGACUACCCAGCAGCAGCCAGCAUUCUCAUGCUUUUCAGAGAAUAUUUUAAAAAGAAUAAGAAGAAACCACUCAUAUCUACAUUCCCACUGGACACCUUGUGAUUUUUUUACAGUGUUGACUCUCGGCGAGCUCUGCCGGUGAAGGAAUGGACAGAGGCCGGUGUUGGAAGGAAUGGAAAUGUGGCGGCAAGUUGGCAAAGUGGAGCGAGGGAAAAGGGAAGUGAGACCAAACGUGGUGUUGGAUGGAAACCAGCAGGAGAAGAAACGGGGGAAUCAAUGUCAUUGAUUUCAGCUUUUUUCGUGUGAAAGAAGAUUGUUUCUUCAAUGUUUUUCUGAUGGUUUGAGGAAAGUUUUGAUUUGGUGCAUUCGAAGGUCACUGAUUGUUGUGCGACGGACACGAGAAAGUGAGAGUGAAAGGAGAAGAAACCGAGCCUAAAAAGAGAUGUAGCAUAGUGGAUCAACCUGCUCGCAUAGAUUUACAGUCCGUUUGGUUCACUGUGUUUUUUUAUCAACAAACAACAACAACAACAAAAAAGUGCACUGAGAUGCUUUGAAAUCAAAUGUUAUUCAGUGGUGAUUGAUCGAUUUUAUAUAUAAAAGAAAAAGAGUGAAAAAUGAAAGGGACGACGUGUGUACAAGUGGUGGAAAAACUCUUUCUGUCAACACUGCAUUACAAACUAAAAAUGGAAAGACUUUGUUUCAUAGGUGGUCCGACAUGUACCAGCCAUUCAAAGAACCGUGGUUACAUGUGCAACCACUCUGGUCAUGUGAUGACGUGGUACCUUGAAUUUCCUGGUUGGUUGCUCUUUGUCAAUGAUGUGUAUUAAAGAGGAUAUAAGGUUUUUUGUUUUUUUUUGUUUAUAAAUGAUUUGUGUUUUUUGGAAACAGAGGCAGUGGAUUAUUCUCUUGUUAAAAGGAUACAUCUAAAAACCUUUUUUUUUAUUUUUGUUGGUUUUAUAUAAAUGUAUAUUAGGUUCAAAAUGAAAAAAAAAGAAGAAAAAAACACGGAAGGAAAAAGCAAUUAAAAAAAAAUCACGGACUUCUUAGUUGUAUAUUAAAAUCACAUUAUUUGGAAAGCACAUCUCAUUUAAUAAAGGGUCACCAUGUUUGUAAACAAGAAAUAACCACGUGACUUAAGUGUGUGUCAAAUGGUGUCGAGUUACGCCGACGAUCACCUAUUUAUAUUUUGUAUCUGUGAAAAAAAAAUAAGGUUUCCGGAAAAAAAUAGUUUAUCUGCAGUGUUCUUUCUAAAGGCGAUGAGUACAUAACUGUCAAAACAGACACAGCGGAGGGAUCAGGGGAUCGGAUAGAGGUAGUGGGGCAGACGAGAGGUGGCAGUGUUAAUAAAAGUCCCUUCAUUUUUCUCUCAGAUGCAUUUAGACAAAUUUGCCCUGAAUCCUCUUUCACAGGUGCAUCUUAAGGAGAAACAUUCAGUUGUAAGCAUGAGGAGAAUCUGUACAGAUGUUUAUAUUUUAUUCUUUCCAAGUGCCAGUUUGUCUGUGGUGUUAUUUGGAUAUUAACUAAUUCAUUUUGUGUGCGGGAAGAGAGUCUAUGUGUGUACGAGUGGAUCUGGAUAUUCAAGGCAAAGAAAAGGAGUUUUGCAUUACACUGUAAAAAAUCUAAACAAACGAGUUUGGUCAUAUAGUAUAUAUUUUUACAAAGUCCUAGGGUGAGCAGUUUGAGGUGUAGAAAAACCACAGAAAGAAUCUUAUUUGCCAUUUUGCUCUUGCUUGUUGAGACUCCAAUCAAAAUCAAGCGGUAACGUGUACAGUCUUCUUCCUGUCUCCUAAUCCAGCUCGACUAGGAGACAGAAACAGAGACUCCAAUCCCAGUUGGUAACACUCAUGCGUCAUCAAGUCGAACAGCAUGUGCCUGCAUUGAAGUCUGAUUUUUUUUCUUUGCAACGUAUGUGACUUUAUAAAGCUUGCAUAUUUUACACAGUGUUUACAAAAAUUGUAUGUUGUGGUUAAAAAUCAAUAAACUAAAAAAAGAAAAAACAACUUACUGUAUAAAUUUUAAUUUUAAUUUCAGAGGAUAAUAUAGUUAUCACAAGACCCAGCGUCCCUACUGUGUGCCCUCAGACGUCUGUGCUGAACCCUCACUACAACAUACAUAGACCCAUAUGACUGUCUAUUCCUGGCUGCACUGUGCAACGCCACAACCAAAGGAUUUGGAGGUGUAUUUGCAUGUCGUCAUACAUGUUGGUUUUUGUGUGGAUGUGCAGCACAUGUGUGCGUUUACGACAUACGAUGCCCAGCAACUGUAAAACAAGUGCAGAACGCGGACACACAUUGAAUCAAACAAACCUACCUGUGUAGAUAAAGCUGAUCUAAGACCGUCAAAAUAAAGUAACUGUUCUACUCA